CACACGUUUUUUUACAGUCUAUAUCUCUCCUUUUGCAAUUCAUGAUGUAGAUAAACUGUGCCAAACUAUGACUGGAGUUGUAUGGUAUGAUCUUCAAAAAGCAAUAUUGAACCAACCGACGCCUAUGACCUCGACCACGCCAUCACCGAACUCGACAAUGGCCUUCGACAACAGGGACAAGAUUUUGGUUUCAAAAGAUUUCUACAUUGGUCUUACCCUUGCAAUCUGUUCUAGUGGGUUCAUAGGAUCGAGCUUCGUCGUCAAGAAGCAAGCUCUGAUCAAGAUAUCAUCAUACGCAGUUAGAGCAGGUGACGGAGGACAUGCAUACCUGAAGGAGUGGCUUUGGUGGGCGGGGUUUUUAUUACUGGGACUCGGAGAACUCUGCAACUUCAUGGCAUAUGCCUUCGCUCCUGCCACACUUGUCACUCCUUUGGGCGCCCUCAGUGUCAUUGUCUCAGCUGUGUUGUCGUCGUACUGUUUGAAUGAGACCCUAAAUCUUUUAGGAAAGAUUGGUUGUUUACUCUGCAUUAUGGGGUCUAUCGUCAUCGUCUUACAUACACCUACGGAUGAGGCUGGUCAUACUCUCAGCUGGCUAGCCAAAAGUUUGCAGUCACCGCCGUUCAUAUCGUACGUAUGUUUGGUAGUUAUCAGCUGUCUUGUCCUCAUAUUCGCCAUCAAUCCUCGCUGGGGACAGUCCAACAUCAUCAUCUACAUCCUUAUCUGUUCCCUAAUUGGUUCCCUCACCGUCAUGGCGUGUAAGGGCGUCGGCAUCGCGAUCAUCCAGUUCUUCGAUGGAACCAACACCCUAGCUUCUCCCUUGACAUGGAUCCUCAUCAUACUCAUGAUCGUUUUCAUUACCAUCCAGAUGCACUAUCUCAACAAAUCUCUCGAUAUCUUCAACACCGCCGUCGUCACUCCUAUCUAUUACGUCUUCUUCACCGCUAGCGUCCUUGUUGCGUCAUCACUCUUCUUCCAAGACUGGCGGAGGAUGACGGCCACCGAUGUCAUUGGUGCCCUCGAUGGUUUCGGUGUCGUUAUUUCAGGGAUUUUUCUCCUACACACCUUCAGGGAUUUAUCGAUGUCGUUGAAAGACUUGCCAUCGACGGGGAAGAAGAUGAUGACGACGACGAGCUCGUGCGCGGCUUCAAUUCAUGAACCACGGUCAGACACUGAUGAUUGUUGUAUUAAUGUAGAGUCUGUCAGUCUGCUUAAUGACUUAAGCAUUCAGAAUGACAUAUUGUCAGACCAGGAGAUGGCGUAACAUGCAGGCGGGUAUCAUAAACAAUAUCAACGAAUUUCAAUAUUUGCCAGUUUAUUUUUAAAGGUCAAGUCCACCCCAGAAAAGUGUUGAUUUGAAUAAAUAGACAAAAAUCAAACUAGCAUAUCGCUGAAAAUUUCAUCAAAAUCGGAUGUAAAAUAAGAAAGUUAUGACAUUUUAAAGUUUCGCUUAUUUUUCACAAAACAGUGAUGUGCAUAUUUCAGUGACAUGCAAAUGAGACGGUCAAUGAUGUCCUUCACUCAUUAUUUCUUUUGUUUUGUUAUUGUUUGAAUUAUACAAUAUUUCAUUUUUUACAUAUUUGACAAUAUGGACCAACUUGACUGAACCAUAUAAUAUUGAACAAUGCUAAUGCUAAUGUACAGGGAGGAAUUAAUCGUUGUUUUACUUGACAAUGAGGAGAAAAUUAGAAUAUUUCAUAUAAUAAAAUACAAAUUGCAUACCAACCAGGAUGUGCAUAUAACUGUUUGGUGAAAUCAAGCAUAACUUUAAAAUGUCAUAACUUUCUUAUUUUUACAUCCGAUUUUUAUGAAAUUUUUAAUGUUAUGCUUGUUGGAUUUUUCUCUUUUUAUUCAAAUCAACUUUUUGUUGGGGUGGACUUGUCCUAUAAAUGAAAUCUUGCAGUUUCGCUGUUUUAUACAAUCUUCCAUAUAAUUAUGCCAGAUAAUUUUAUAAUAUUGGUGACUAUUCUGAAUAUAUAAAUGGAUUAGUCGAAACAUUCUUGAACUCAUUGGAAGAACAUGAAAUAUGCCUACACAGGAAACUUAGAGGAAAGAAAAGAGUCAAGUAACUCUGUAUAUCGGAUAUGGUUCCGUUAUGCAAAAGUGUAGAAAGUAUACUGUAGCAAACUGGAAAAAUUAUCAAUGUGAAAAAGACAUAUGUGCUUUAGGGUUUAGGGUGAAUUCUAUUUUAUAUAAUGUACAUGUACUUUAAAUUUCUGAAUAAGUCUUCAUUUUCUGACACCACGAAUAUAAAUGUCAACAGCUAUAGACAUACGGGUAUGAUAGAUAUUCUUGUGAGCCAGUCAGAUUUGUCUGAUAUUUAUUCAAUUAUUUGACUAUUAUCAUGCAGGUAUGCCUACUCUAAAAUGAAAAUUAGAGUGAUUAUCUCCUGAUUUAAUUGAAUGAUAUGCUAUAUUAUCAUUAUUAUUAUUAUCAUUAUUAUUAUUAUCAUUAUUAUUAUUAUCGUUGUUGUUGUUGUUGUUGUUGUUAUUAUGUUAUUAUAUAAAUCCCUAGUUUAUUCAAUUUUGUAACAGUUACGCAAUGUUUAUCUUUAAAAAGGUCAUAAUUUAUGUUUUUCUCCAGGUCUGUUUUGUUUGUAAAAAUUCGUUGAUUGUGUGUGUGUUUUUUAUUAGUCGGUUCCCUGGUAGCAAGAAAAACCUUAUUAUUUAUUAAAAAAAUAACGAUGGAUGCAUUUCAUGCCUUAUUGAAAUAAAAUCUGAGUUAGUGAAACUGUUUAUUUUAUGCAUAAUAGUUUCCUAGUCACAAUUUUAUUCAGAAUAAUGUAAAAAUAAUUUGAUCUUUCACCUCUUGCAUCAGAAAAACUUUGUAUUGUUUUUGUAAAGUAUUGAUGAAAUAAAGGGUAUGAUGUGUUUAUCAUUAUUAUAUUUACAUUAUCUUAUAUGUUUUGAAAUGUAAUAUCUUCAAGAGUAUAUAUACUAAAAAUACUUUACCUUGAUAUUUUUAAACCUUUGUAAUAGAUUGUGAAAAUAUAAAUGAGGCUGAUAUAACUUGA